CAAGGGGAGCCAAACGUUUCUGAGACGAAAACAAAACGCAGAAGUGUUUGUAAAAUCAUGGCCAGCGGAUCCCAAAGGCGUGCCAACGAAUUCGACUUUAAGAAGCUUUGCGACACUUUUGCCGAGAUCUGUCCCGACUUUCGUCGUGGCCCGGAAUCGCAAGUUCUGGAAAGCCUGGACUUUGCCAAUCGGGUUUUAUUCGAGCUGGGUCCCAAGAUGCGCCAGCUGAAGCAGAGUGGAAGGGAUCAGAUGUGGCGCCUGGUCUUCAAUGGUGGAGGAAGCGUCUAUGUCUACACUUAUACUUUCCAGAAGCCAAUCACCGGCCAGCCUCGGCUUGGCGGCGGAAAGCUCUACCUGACGUUGAAGCAGGCCGGCCUGCUGGCGGCCAGCAGACUCUGCUCUCUUCUGCCGGUACAGCACAAUCCUCGGGACAAGAUUCUGCUGACGCCGCUCGCAAGGGCCGUCUUUGAUCCGUCGAAUAUGUCGAGGAUUGCCCUUGCCCUGGGCAACCUCUUUCGGCAAACCAUCGACACUGGCGAUGUGGUCCGGGCUGUGAUCAGCAGCUGCCAGAGCGACGGCUUCCAUCUGAAGCAUAGCCAGAGUCACAUUGCCUUGGUGGCCGUGGGUGUCACAACCCGUGACUCUUUGGAUCGUAAAAAACUUCGCAAAAAGACCAUUAAGCAGUAUAUAAAUUGCGGCAAGGCUUUUGACCUUAAUCAAUACAAGAUAUACAGUCAGUACUCCAAGAUGGACCAACAAAUCGCUGCAGAGCCUCCGAUUCCAGAUGCAGAUCCUCCCAAGGUUAAGCAAACCGGGCGUAAUCUGAACGUGAGCGGUGUGCUGCGCUCCAUUGCCAAGUCCACCGAUGAUCCACUGAGUGGCGAGACCAUCGAUAUGAAAUUCAAGCCUCCGAAUUCGGAACAGCAAAUCAAAGUGGAGGGCAUGGCCAUGUCAACAGAGGUCCUGUUGGAAGGCACAACCAUGGAGCUUAUGAGACGCAAGCAGUUGGGGUAAAGGAAGGCUUUAUCUGGCUCGUCUGCUGGUGGCUUGUAAGACUACAAAACUACAGAGAGUUUGAGAUAAUCUU